AUGCAGUCCAUUCACCUAGUCCUAUUUGGCAGUUGCCUAUUCUGGAGUGUCGUGAGUUAUCUCAAGAUUCGGUUUCAGAUCCUCAAGAGAGACUACUCCAACCAGUUCCAGCCGUUUCUCGUGGACGUUCAAAUAAACAUGUGCGAUGCACUAUCCCGGCGCAGCUUUAUUCCUUAUGGUUUGAUUAUUCUGAGAAUCAGCAGGAUGUUCUCAAACUUCAAUCACUCGUGUCCAUAUUACGGCCAUUUGUUAGCACGUGACGCCUAUUUAAACGAAACCUUCUUGCCCAACGUCUUCCCCCUAGGCUUCUACAAACUAAACAUCACGAUCAUGGAGAACUACAGAACUCCGCCGAGCGCACAUGUUGGUGGUAUCGUGUGGUACGUCCAGGUGAUGCAGGCUAUCCAGCCAAAGAAGAAGAAACCCAAUCGAGAGGUGUAGCCAGCAAAAGGCGCAGAAAUAAAUGAAUACGUAAUGUUUUAUUGCUUUAAAUUUUUAAAAUUGUAUUUUUAUUGUUUAUAAUAAAUAUAUAUAUGUAUACGUAAAGUAAUAUUAGCUUUAGAAUUUGUAUUAUACAUAAUGUAGGCUACUCGAGUUGCUUUAUUUGUAGCUUUUCCGCUUCGUUAUUAGUUACAGUAUAUCUUACAGAAGUGCAACUCAGUUUUGCUUAUUUGUCUUAGAGUACAUACUACAAGCUAUUUUAAAUCAUUGUCUUCCAUCGGUUAAAGUAUCUUAGUUAGCCUAGGCUUAACCCUAGCUUCGCUUAGCUUAAUGUGUGUGUGGUUUCUGUAUUCUUGGGCCGUCGGUGU